AAUCUCUUUCUCAUUCUCUCCCCCUCUCUCUCUCUCUCUCUCUCAAAAACACCUGCUCUCUCUAUCUCUCCAUAGCACAUUAUCUUUCUAGAACACCCGACUACAAUUUGAAGGAUUCAUCUCUGGCGCUGCACAAUCCGUUUCGGAUCGGCUCCAUCUACAUUUCUAUGCCUUGCAGUGCGAAACCAUCAAUGUGCAGUUUGGUUUGUACAUUGAGACUAAGUGAAAAGAAUCCACUCUCCUACACCAAGAGGCCCAACCCUUGAAACUUGGACCUAUAUUAUAACAGCUUUUUUGUUUCUAAAACUAUAGUGCAUCAAAAACCAAAAUGAAAAAAGGGAAAGGGAAAACACAGAAAAACAGAAUACUUGUUCUUUUUGAAAUCCCGGGCUCAGCCUCAUAGAACUUAGAAAGAGAGAACCUAGAAAGGAAGAGAAACACAAAACCAAGAGAACUCCUUUCGGUUCAACCUAAAAAUCUUAUAGCUAUUCUUAAUCCUUAGAUUUCUUUGACCUCAAGCCGUUUCUCAUCUCCAAUCUGAAUUCACUGAAGUGAGAAGAACAGUAGGAAAAAGGAGGAAAAGGACAUAGAGAAAAACUGGCCCUUAUAUUCCUCCAAAUAAAGAAACCAAGUGGGAAGAACAAAGAAAAAGGGGCUACAUAGAUUUACAGAAAACGUAACCUUUUAUUUUCCCAAUUAAGCCUAAAUCAAGAAGCUAAAAUCCCUGACUAUCUUUCAAGCCCUAUAUUUGCAUGUCCUAACAAAUUAUCAUUCUCUCCCCACAGUUCCCAUACAAACAAAAAGAACUCCAUAUUUUACCAUGGAUUCUCUAAGUCACAACCCUUCAAAGAACUCUGCCUCAAGGCCCCCACCCACUGUUAAAUUCGCGAGGCGCACGUCGAGUGGUCGCAUCGUUAGCCUCUCAAGAGAUGAUGACUUAGACAUGUCGGGUGAGUUCACUUCCAAUGACUAUAUAAACUACACAGUCCACAUGCCUCCUACUCCAGAUAACCAGCCCAUGACAACUGAUGCUUCCGCGAAACCAGGGGAACAGCAACAAUAUGUUUCCAAUUCAAUGUACCCAGUAGACCCAAAAAGAGUAAUGAGAAAGGAUAGGGGAGAAGAGGAGGCUUACAACAAUGGUGGGACUGGUGGCACCGGAAAUGGGAUAAACCCGAAAAUGGAUCGGAGGAUGUCGGUUAUGAAGUCGAGUAAGUCUAUGCUAUUGCGGAGUCAAACAGGGGAUUUUGAUCAUAAUAGAUGGUUGUUUGAGACAAAGGGGACAUAUGGGUAUGGCAAUGCAUACUGGCCUCAGGAUGAUGGCUAUGGAGACGGUGAUGGUGUGAUGGGAGUUAGCAUGGCUGAUUUUAUGGACAAGCCAUGGAAACCUUUGACUCGAAAGGUCCAGAUCCCGGCUGCAGUGCUUAGCCCUUACCGGUUGCUCAUAUUUGUGAGGCUGGUGGUGCUGUUCUUUUUCCUGAUAUGGCGAGUCCAGAACCCGAAUGAGGAUGCCAUGUGGCUAUGGGGCAUGUCAGUUGUGUGUGAGCUUUGGUUCGCCUUUUCGUGGAUCCUAGACCAACUCCCCAAGCUCAACCCCAUCAACCGAGCCACUGAUCUCACUGCCCUUCGCGACAAAUUCGAGCAACCCUCUCCCUCCAACCCCAUGGGUCGGUCUGACCUCCCAGGCAUUGAUGUCUUUGUCUCCACAGCUGACCCUGAGAAGGAGCCCCCGCUUGUUACUGCCAAUACGAUCCUUUCAAUCCUAGCUGUUGACUUCCCGGUCGAGAAGCUCUCAUGCUAUAUAUCUGAUGAUGGGGCUGCUCUCCUAACAUUCGAGGCCAUGGCUGAAGCAGCAGCCUUUGCUGAAAUGUGGGUUCCUUUUUGUCGAAAGCAUGGGAUUGAGCCGAGAAACCCUGAUAGUUAUUUUUCAGUGAAGGGGGAUCCUACAAAGAAUAAGAUGAAACCAGACUUUGUGAGAGAUAGGAGGAGGGUGAAGAGGGAGUAUGAUGAGUUUAAGGUCAGGAUUAAUGGUUUGCCUGAUGCUAUUAGGCGCAGGUCGGAUGCGUAUAAUGCGAGAGAGGAAGUGAAGGCAGCAAGGGAAGCAAGGGAGGCAGGUGGGGAAGGGGGGCUGGAGGGGGUGAAGGUGGUGAAGGCCAUGUGGAUGGCGGACGGGACGCAUUGGCCUGGGACAUGGGCGGUGCCAGCUCCGGACCACUCUCGGGGAGACCAUGCUGGAAUCCUUCAGGUGAUGCUGAAGGUCCCACGCUGCGACCCGGUCCAUGGCCAUCCGGAUGAGAACGCUCUUGACUUUACAGAUGUUGAUGUGCGCCUCCCCAUGUUUGCUUAUGUCUCUCGAGAGAAACGCCCUGGCUACGACCACAACAAGAAGGCCGGUGCCAUGAAUGCCUUGGUGCGAGCCUCUGCCAUCCUCUCCAAUGGCCCUUUUAUCCUCAACCUCGACUGUGACCACUAUAUUUACAAUUGCCUUGCCCUCCGAGAGGGCAUGUGCUUCAUGAUGGAUCGGGGAGGCGAUCGAAUAUGCUAUAUCCAAUUCCCCCAGCGCUUCGAGGGCAUCGACCCCUCAGACCGCUAUGCAAACCAUAACACUGUCUUUUUUGAUGGUAACAUGCGUGCACUAGACGGCCUUCAGGGGCCUGUCUAUGUGGGCACUGGCUGCCUCUUUCGACGCUAUGCACUUUAUGGCUUCAACCCACCUCGAGCAUCAGAUUACAUGGGCCUCUUUGGCCACCACAAGGAGAAGGGGAGGUCGAGGGCCCUGAUGACGCCAGCACCAGAGGGGGAGUCUGAGACCCAGCCUCUUACCGCAGGUAGCGAUGAUCUUGUGGACCCAAAAAAAUUUGGGAACUCGGCUAUGUUAUCCGAGUCAAUCCCAGUGGCCGAGUUCCAAGCUCGACCACUUGCCGACCACCCAGCAGUCAAGAACGGGCGCCCCCCCGGUGCUCUCUUGGUCCCACGAGAGCCUCUUGAUGCUCCCACUGUGGCUGAGGCCGUCACGGUCAUCUCAUGUUGGUAUGAGGACAAGACCGAGUGGGGCGGGCGCAUUGGCUGGAUUUAUGGCUCAGUCACAGAGGAUGUUGUCACGGGAUACAGGAUGCACAAUAGAGGGUGGCGCUCAGUUUAUUGUAUCACAAAGCGCGAUGCAUUUCGGGGGACUGCACCCAUCAACCUCACAGACCGUUUGCACCAGGUUCUACGGUGGGCUACUGGCUCUGUCGAGAUCUUCUUCUCUCGGAACAAUGCAUUACUUGCCACCACACGUAUGAAGUUCCUGCAGCGCAUUGCCUACAUGAACGUGGGCAUCUACCCCUUCACCUCGAUCUUUCUCAUCGUUUACUGCUUCCUUCCAGCCCUCUCUCUCUUCUCCGGUCACUUCAUUGUCCAAACUCUCAAUAUCACUUUUCUGGUCUAUCUUUUAAUAAUCACAGUGACUCUCUCGUUGCUUGCCAUACUCGAAGUGAAGUGGUCAGGGAUCGGGCUCGAGGAGUGGUGGAGGAACGAGCAAUUCUGGCUCAUUGGGGGGACUAGUGCACACUUAGCAGCGGUGAUCCAAGGCUUGCUCAAGGUGAUAGCUGGAAUCGAGAUCUCUUUCACUCUCACCUCCAAGUCCACCGCAGAGGACGAGGACGAUGCCUUUGCCGACCUCUACGUAGUGAAAUGGACAAGCCUGAUGAUCCCACCCAUCACCAUUAUGAUGGUGAAUUUGGUGGCGGUGGCUGUCGGGUUUUCUCGGACACUUUACAGUGAGAUCCCGCAGUGGAGUAAGCUCUUAGGGGGCGUUUUUUUCAGCUUCUGGGUGCUUGCUCAUAUGUAUCCUUUUGCGAAGGGAUUGAUGGGAAGGAGGGGCAGGACGCCGACAAUUGUGUAUGUCUGGUCGGGGCUCAUUGCCAUUACCAUUUCAUUGUUAUGGAUUUCCAUCAGCCCGCCAAAGGAUGCCCCUGGAGUAUCUGGCGGGAACGUGCACCUCUCAUAGCUUUGCUUUAAACAGGUCUUUUUUUGUAUGCUAUUUAUUUAUUUAUUUAUUUUUUUUGGGUUGAGUUAGUGGGGCCCUUGCAGGAUAUCAUAUUUUUUGUCAGAUAUUAACAUUUGUUCAUUUAUUUAUUUUUAGAGCUGUAAAAGAGGAAGCUUUUGGA